AGUGUGACCCUGACUCAGUUCCACUGUGCAGCUGACCGGCUCAACCCACUUGUCUUGGCCUCCUGCCCAGGCCAGGAGGAAACAGUCCGGCCUGGGAAGGAUUGGCUGGCACAGAAGAGCCCAGCCUCCCAUCAUUUCCUUUAGGUAAUGACUCAAAGACAAAGAGGCUGAGAAGAGAGAGAGGAGCUGUGGGAGACACACCGUUCCUGCGAGAAGGAUGCGACAUCUGGACCUAUCCUGGCUGGGGCUGGGGCCCAUGUCAGCCUCACCAUGGCUUCUCUUUUUCUUGGUUGGGGCUUCCUGGCUCUUGGUCCGCUGCCUCACCCAGAUCUUCACUUUGUAUGAAAAGUGUCGUCGUCUUCGUGGCUUCCCUCAGCCACCUAAGAGGAGUUGGUUUUGGGGUCACUUGGGCAUGUCCCCUCCCACAGAAGAAGGCAUGAAGGAGCUGACCGAGCUGGUGGCCACCUAUCCCCAGGGUUUUAUGACCUGGUUAGGUCCGAUAGUUCCCCUCAUCCAUUUAUGUCACCCUGACACCGUCCGAUCUGUCGUCACUGCCUCAGCUGCUGUUGCCCCAAAGGAUGCCAUCUUCUACAGCUUCCUGAAACCGUGGCUGGGGGAUGGGCUCUUGGUGAGUGCUGGUGACAAGUGGAACCGCCACCGUCGUAUGCUGACACCCGCCUUUCAUUUCAACAUCCUGAAACCUUAUAUGAAGAUUUUCAAUGACAGCACCAACAUCAUGCACGACAAGUGGCUGCGCCUGGCGUCAGGGGGUAGCGCUCAUCUGGACAUGUUUCAGAACAUCAGCCUCAUGACCUUGGACACUUUGCAGAGAUGUGUCUUCAGCUUCAGCAGUAACUGUCAGGAGAAGCCUAGCAAGUACAUCGCUGCCAUCCUGGAGCUCAGUGCCCUCGUGGUGAAUAGAAACGAGCAGUUGCUUCUGCACAUAGACCCGCUCUACCGCCUCACACCUGAUGGAAUGCACUUCUACAAGGCCUGCCGCCUGGUGCAUGACUUCACUGAUGCCGUCAUCCAGAAGCGACGUCAGACUCUGCCCAGUCACGGCGGUGAUGAUGUCAUUAAGGCCAAGGCCAAGUCAAAGACUCUGGACUUCAUUGAUGUGCUGCUGCUAAGCAAGGAUGAAGACGGAAAGGCGUUGUCAGACGAGGACGUCCGAGCUGAGGCUGACACCUUCAUGUUUAGGGGCCAUGACACCACAGCCAGUGGGCUCUCCUGGAUCCUGUACAACCUAGCGAAACACCCUGAAUACCAGGAGCGCUGUCGGCAGGAGGUGAGGGAUCUUCUUAAGGACAGAGCAUCUACAGAGAUUGAGUGGGACGACCUGAACCAGCUGCCCUUCCUGACCAUGUGCAUCAAGGAGAGUCUGCGGCUGCAUCCUCCGGUCGCAAUGGUCUCCCGCUGCUGCACCCAGGACAUUUACCUCCCAGAUGGCAAGGUCAUCCCUAAAGGUGUCAUCUGUGUCAUCGAUAUUUUUGGAAUCCAUCACAACCCAACUGUGUGGCAGGACCCUGAGGUCUAUGAUCCCUUCCGCUUUGAUCCAGAGAACAUCCAGGAUAGGUCACCUCUGGCAUUUAUUCCCUUCUCGGCAGGACCCAGGAACUGCAUAGGACAGACUUUCGCAAUGAGCGAGAUGAAGGUGGCGCUGGCGCUCACACUGCUGCGCUUCCGCGUCCUGCCAGACGACAAGGAGCCACGCCGGAAGCCUGAACUGAUCCUGCGCGCGGAGGGAGGGCUGUGGCUGCGGGUGGAGCCGCUGAGCUUUGGUGCACACUGAUCCACCCACUUUGCCCCGGACUUCCUAAGCUCCCCACCAUGCCUGAGCCUUGGCUGCCUGUGUGGCAACUUCCUUCCUCAGCUGCCUUUCUCUCCUGCCUCCUCGACCCAUCUGACGUCCCCACCGCCUUACUUGUUUUCAGGACUUCUUUCCCAAAGAGAUACCUGGCAGCUGAAACUUGUUUUUGAAUAACACCCAAAUAACUUGACCUCACACAUUAGGGUCUGCUUCUGCAGAACAUACAUUCAGUGGCUCCAGCAAUCUUCACAGACAUACUGCUUCUAUGAGGUUCAGAGAGGCCAGUUUGUGUAUCCAAGAUCACCAGCUGGAGAAUGGAAAAUCCCGGUGUUUGGAGUUUCUAACCCAAAAUCACAUGCUCACAACUUUUGUAAAAGAUUUCCAGGGGCCAGGAGAUGGACAAUGGGUGUUUACAAACAAGUAGUUCCCUGACGAAUUUCAUGAAGGUAUCCAAACUAUGCCUUAUUCUGUCACAAAGUCAUACUGACAGACAGGAGUUCAGUGCUGGCUGUGUGGCAGGGAGGGUUGCGUUAGCCCUUUGCUCAGUUUAUGGCUUGUUUCAUGUUCAUAAAACAUUGAUAUGCCCUUUAAUUUGUAUGUAAGGAAACAUCAAAAUGAAUAGAAGUCUCCAAGGUCAUACAUCCUUUGUAAGAUGUGCGAGUCUCCUCUGUGUGCUGUGAUUAGCAUUAAUGAAUAAAGAAACUGCCUUGGCCUUGGCAGAACUUAGGUAGGCAGAGAAGAUGGAACUGAAUGCUGGGAGGAAGAAAGCAGAGUCAGAGAGAUGCCAUGGAGUGGCCAGAGUCAGACAUGCUGAACCAUUGCCGGUAAGCCACUGCCACGUGGUGAUAUACAGAUUAAUAGAAAUGGGCUAAAUUAAUAUGUAAGAGUUAGCCAAUAAGAAGCUAGAGCUAAUGGGCCAAGCAGUGAUUUAAUUAAUACAGUUUCUGUGUGGUUAUUUUGGUUCUGGGCAGCUGGGACAAACAAGCAGGCCCUCCUCCUACAACCAUGCAAUCUGUGUACUAGUCUUUGUUCAGAAAACACAUGUAUGAGUCCUGCCCAAUGUUAGGCAUGGCUUGAAAUAGGUUUCUUCUCAAAAUGUAAAUGAAAAUCAUACAGAAUAGUGAAUGUUAUAUGUGACAUCCAUCCUUCACGU